AUGUCUUGCAAAUAUUUCUUGUUAUUGAUUCUUUUGACUUGUAAAGUUGGUUUAUCGGAACGAUGUAUGAAUGUGAACUCACGUCGGGAUUUCGAUUCGUGUCAAACUUGGAUCUUGUACUUAUUUUUCAUUCUGAAUCCGAGUACUGCUUACGAUCAAGAAUAUAAAGGAAUGGUGAUAUUCGCGGAGAAUAUCUUGAAUCUAUGCAAAGAUGAAAUGGCUAGGAAAGGGAGUGUAAAUUACAUAGUCGAAUUGACACCGGACGGAGGCAUUCGAGCGCGCGAUGUGCUGAACUCAACAAUGGAGUAUUACGAGUUCUACGAGAGAAGCCGAUUGCAAAGAAGUUCAAAUUUAUCGGCUCAACUCGAAUUGGCACGCGAGAUGGUGAAGCAGCACAAUGUGACAACGGAUGGUGAAGCUGUCUAUUUACUGACGAAUGUCCCGUGCGAGCGAAUAGCCGCCAAUCCACAGCUGUACGGCGGGUUGGCUGAUUUCAUUAACUUGAUGCCCACUUUCACUGAUGUACCCUAUCAACUGUUGUGGAUUACGACCUAUAUGGACGAUGCGUGGAAUUUCUCAAAGGAAACCCUCUACUCGUUGGGGAUGUGUUUCAUGAAUCCAAAUGUUUCCAUGGCUCCUGAUAUCACUAUUGGGUUUUUCGAGAUUCUUUCGACUACGGUUCUUCCAGAUGAUUAUCAUUACAAAGGCAUCUACAUUGGGUUGAUCGUUUUUAUUUGGCUCAUCGCUGCAUUGUCCGUCUUUUUCACCGUGCGACGACUCUUUUACAGAGAGUGGAGACCGUGGACACCGUUCGUUUACGAUUCUUGGGAGAUUCAAAGAGAUUCACUCGAGAUCAGCGAGAAGAAGCUAGGCGCUGGAGCUUAUGCGGUAGUCUAUGAAGCCACUCUGAAAGGCUAUCCACCGGCUGUUAAAGCUAUCGAAGCU